GUUUACUGAUAAUUAUGAUCCUUAAAAAGCUGAUGCUACCUGUAAAAAAGUUGCUCAUGUGUCCCCCUGCCAACAUCAUUAAUCAUCAUCAACCCAACCUCCUCCGGUUACCGGUAACUGGUAAACGCCGGUCAACUCUCCUGCUUUAACUACACUACGACCCGGUCACAAUUUUUGCAAACUCUUCUUAAACAAUGCAUGCCCUCACCAACUCCGGCGCCGUACUUCUCGCCGUGUUACUCUUCUUCCUCCUCGUUCUCCUCGCCGAGCUCUCUUACAUCUUUUGUCGCCGCACCGGAUCUUUACCGUCUCCGGCAAGUAAAGAGGUUAUUUUCCAAUUCUUGAUGUGUUGCAAGAAGAACCACCACUCUCGUAUUGAGCCAAGUACCGGAAUUGUUUCUGUACAGAUGGAGGAGGAUGUUGUUGCUGCGGCGGCGCCGGAGGAGGAUUUGUUUGCGGUGGACAAGUGGCGAGUGUCGAGGCUUCUCUUCACAAUCGAGGAAGAGGAUUUGGAACUGGAAGAUGAAGAUGAUGAUGUGGUCUCUGCGAAGGAGGAUAAUGACGGCGAACUCCGAGUCGACAUUCCGGUGGAAUAUUCCGGCGAUCCAACUCCGUUCUUGACGCCAUGCGACUCACCACCUUACUUCACUCCUUCGCCAUCUCCUGGUCGGGAUAUGGAUGACGUCAUUGAUGUUUAUGAAGUCAGCAGCAGAAACUGUUGUUUCAAUUUCCAAGGCUCUCAGAUGUGUUAACAUUUUUUCUUAAUUCCAAUGGGUUUUACAGAUUAGGUGGAACAGUUUCGUAAUUAUUUACGGGUUUUGUCGGAAUUAUUUUUGCUUUUGUUUGUUGGUUUAUAACUUUGUCGUCGUUUUUUUUUCCGGCAAUUUGAAUAUUCACCAAGACAGCAUAUAUACGUAGAAGGUAUAUAAGUUUGGUUCUACGUACAUAGAGUAUUAAAAAUAGGACGUAAUG